CCCGCUACUAGGCCUCCACUCGACCCCGAUAAAAUCGAUGGAAUCACGCAGUACGAGCCCUUUCCCACUUCCGCAACCCUAUCGCUGCUCCUCUCCUGGCGCCGCUCGACCUCCUCCUUCCUCUCGCUCAGGAUACCAGGAGAAGGCAGGGGUCUAGGGCGGCACUCCGGCGCGGCGGCAGAGGGAAUCAGACCCUCCUCUCCUCAAGCCUAUCCCUCCUCGUCGCCUCCUUCAACCGCCUCCUCUCAUCUCACGGAAACAAACAGGGGAAAACCAACCAGAGAGCUUCCCCCAGUGCGCGAUGGGGAAGAAGAAGGAGCGGUCAGUGAAUGUGUCGGGCAAGCCCCGUCACUCUCUCGACGUCAACCGCCCCAAUGACAAGAAGGGUGCUGGCGGCGGCGGCGGCGCCGCCGGCGGGAGCCGGUCCGCGGCCACGGUGCGGCGGCUCAAGAUGUACAAACUAAGGCCCAUGAGGGACCGCGGUGGGAAGAUCGUCAAGCACGACCUCCAGUCCAAGGAGCUCCCCAACACCCGCAUCGAGCCUGACCGCCGGUGGUUUGGAAAUACACGAGUUAUCAAUCAGAAAGAACUUGAAUAUUUCAGGCAAGAACUCCAGGCACGGCUUACAAAUAACUACAGUGUGUUACUGAAAUCUAAACAGCUGCCACUAUCGCUUCUGCAGGAUCAUCAGAAGCAAGCUCGUGCACAUCUUCUUGACACUGAGCCUUUUGAGCAUGCCUUUGGACCAAAGGGCAAGCGUAAACGACCAAAACUAUCCAGUCUUGAUUAUGAAUCUCUUAUAAAGAAAGCUGAUGAUUCUCAAGAUGCGUUUGAGGAAAAACAUGCUUCAUCAAAGUUGCCGAAGGAUGAAGAGGAAGAUGGCUUAAGGGAUCUAGUCAGGCAUAAUAUGUUUGAGAAGGGACAAAGCAAAAGAAUUUGGGGUGAACUUUAUAAAGUUCUUGACUCUUCAGAUGUUGUUGUGCAGGUGUUGGAUGCCAGGGAUCCAAUGGGCACGAGAUGCUACCAUCUGGAGAAACAUCUGAAGGAGAAUGCCAAGCACAAACACCUGGUAUUCUUACUAAAUAAGUGUGAUCUAAUACCUGCUUGGGCAACAAAAGGGUGGUUGCGUACUCUGUCCAGGGACUAUCCCACCCUAGCAUUCCAUGCGAGCAUCAACAAGUCUUUUGGAAAAGGAUCUCUUCUUUCAGUAUUAAGGCAGUUUGCCCGUUUGAGGAGUGACAAGCAAGCCAUAUCUGUUGGAUUUGUUGGAUAUCCCAACGUUGGGAAGUCCUCAGUUAUCAACACAUUACGCUCCAAGACUGUUUGCAAGGUAGCUCCGAUUCCUGGAGAGACUAAGGUGUGGCAAUACAUCACCAUGACUAAAAGAAUCUUCUUAAUUGAUUGCCCUGGGGUUGUGUACCAAAACAAUGAUACAGAGACUGAUGUAGUUCUUAAGGGUGUGGUACGGGUGACAAAUUUGGAUGAUGCUUCUGAGCACAUUGGGGAAGUUCUAAGGCGUGUAAAGAAGGAGCAUCUACAAAGAGCUUACAAAAUACAAGACUGGGCUGAUGAUAAUGAUUUUCUCGUCCAGCUGAGCAAGAUGAGUGGAAAGCUACUCAAGGGUGGGGAACCUGAUCUGACAACAGCAGCCAAGAUGGUACUUCAUGACUGGCAGAGGGGCAAGAUACCCUUUUUUGUGCCUCCGCCACAGCAGAAUGAAGAUGGUCCUUGUAAGAUUACUGAACCUGUGGAGGGAUCUGGUGAGGAAGUGGUCAGCAGUGACCGGGCUGCUGCUGCCAUGAAAGCCAUUGCGGGAAUUAUCUCUUCGCAGCAAACGAUGAAUGUCCCCUGCCAGAAGGAACUUGGCAGAAAUGGCGAAGACAGUGAACUCCCGGAGCAAUCAGACCUUUUGGUAAAAGACUGAAAGGCUAGCAAUCCUGCAUGAGAAGAUCCCUGGUAUUUUUGCCCGCGAACAUCUUCACGAGUGCCACCGAAGUUAUUCACUGUUUGCCAUGAAGUACACAGUUACGCAGGGGGGACAAUCCUUUGAUAUGUAUCGUUCAUGUUAUCUGUAGCUUUCUGAUGGAUUAGGUAGAGCGUUGUUGGCAUCUACAUCAAAACUUGUCUUUUGUUCACCUCAAGUUCUAGUUAGAUUUCACACCCUGUUUUAUACAUAGAUAAAUACCAUUUGGUUCAAAAUGCAACUUCUGCAAUUAUGCCUUUCUAA